AAUUACUCUGCAACUUUUGAUCCGUCUUGGGUAACCCCACUCCAUACCAACCAGACCUUCGAUGCGUCUCGCUCCCUUGAUAUCUCGCUUACCCAGACUUAUUUCUUGCUACAAUCUGUUCAGCUUGCCCUUGGUGGUUUCCUAGAAAGCUCCCUCCACCAAGUGGAUCCUGUAGGAUGCCAGAAGAAUACACUCGGGGCCGCUCUCGUGGCCGUUUGCCAUCCUCGGAAUUUGAUCGGGCCCCAUCCUUGCAGCGUUCUUUGUCCCCUCGCUCAGAAUCGAGAUUCAACACCACACCCCGGAGGCGUUCUGUGGAGCGUGGUGCUGUUCGCCGCAAUGGUCACCGUUCCAGAAGCUGGUCGCGGUCACCGUCGCACAACAGAGCGCUAUCCCGUAGUCGAAGCCGAAGCCGAAGCUCAGCUCCCAGACGUUACAGAAAGAAAGACUUCAGUCGGACCCCGAGUCCCUCUGCCGAUGCUUCAAGAAGCUCAAAGAUAGUUAUUGAAAAGUUGACCAAAAAUGUUACCGAAUCACAUCUUCGGGAGAUAUUUGGUGGUUUUGGUGACAUACAAAGUCUUGAUCUUCCCAUGAAUAAAGCUUUCAUGACAAACAGGGGCACUGCAUACAUACUCUACCACGAUCCUGCGGAUGCAGAGGCAGCCAUCGCGCAUAUGCAUGAAGCUCAGCUAGAUGGUGCCACGUUGAAUGUGUCGAUUGUCCUUCCUAGGAGAGCUUUUUCUCGCUCACCACCACCAGUUCAACAUAGCAGAGCAAGCUUUGGCCGCCCAGGACAUGGCCGCGGACCCCCGUCGGAUAGUCGCGCUCCAAGGUCACCGCCACCGGCUAGGAAAUAUCGCCGUUCUCGGCAUAUGGAAAGACAUGACAUCUAUAGGCCUCGCUCUCUGUCGCGCUCCAGGUCGCCACGCCGCUCUCGAUCCCUUUCUUCAAAAUCCCGUUCAACUUCACCACCGCCAAGGCGGACACACUCGCGUAUGGACAGCUCCCAACGUCGCCGUCGCCGUAGCCCGAGCUACAGCAGCUAUGGCUAUAGCAGUCGCAGCGAUAGGGAACGGAGCGCGAGCCUAAGAAGAGACCAUCAUUAACCCAGGAUUGUUUUACGAUAUGGUCUUGGUGUCAUUUGAUAGUCUUUAUAGGAUGUCACAAUGAAGCUACCGUUCUUGGCGUCGUUCAACUACAUGGGACUGGCAGAGUGAUGAUGGGGUGCAGGCUGGUGGACUUCUACACUCGAAUCAAUUUGAAGCCUUGUCCUAUAAUUAAUAAUGUAAAGUUAUCUUGUGCACGGGAGAAAUUUAGGAAACCCAAGUC